UUUAGCGAAAAUUUAUUGAAAAUUAUUAAAAUUAAUGGUACACCGAUUUUUGAUUUUUGAUCAUUGAUCUAAGUUAAAUUAACAUUGCACUAAUUAUUGAAUCAGCAGCAUUUCAACAUGGCUGUKUCCCGUGUGAUUAACGGGAUGUUGCGAACUAAAGUUAUUUAUUCAGUGUCUAGUAGGAGUGUUGUAUCGCAUGAACCCUGGAAGCCCGGCCCGUAUCCAAAAACCGAAGAGGAACGACUAGCUGCUGCAAAAAAAUAUGGUCUGUUACCGGAAGAGUAUGAACCACACCCCGAUGAUGGUUUAGGUUUUGGUGACUACCCAAAGUUACCAGACAUUGGCCAAGAUUCCAAAAGUGAAUAUUAUCCAUGGGACUGCCCUGAACAUAAUAGAAAUUUUGGUGAAAUAAUGCACGUUCAUGCUGACAUGUGGGGCUCAGAUAAAGGAGACCCAAAUUAUAGAGAAAAAGCUAGAUUCCCUGAUUGGCAGAGAGUAUUAUCAUUGUUCGCAGCAGUUUUUGGAAUAAGUGGAUUGAUGCUCUCUGGGGAUUAUGUUUGUAAACGAUAUAGACCAUUUAUGCCUAAACAGUGGCCUCAAGAAGAUGUGAAAUAUUUUACUUAUUCAGAUAAAUAUUUCUGAAAWUGUAUUACAAUAAAGUUAUAUCUGCRUAGUAGCUGAAACACUUUAAAUUUAUUUAUACGUUUGUUAUACAAUUUAAAGUUGAAUAAAACAUACAUGAAAUCAA